GUGUUUUGUAUCCCGUAUUUUGCUUAAGAGUUGAAAGCGGUUUCGAGCGUGCUCUGGUCUCGCUGAGGUCGGUAUGUCUCGUGGGGACUUCGGCGGCCGUUCGGGCCAUUCGUCAGACGCAGUGCGAGGCAGUACGUAUGGUGUUGCAAGUCAUGGUGGCAGAUCGAGACCAUCAGGUCGUGACGGUGACAGUGAGUAUAUAAGAAUGAACAACAAGGUGUCAGCAAAUGUAACACAAAUAUCUACUAAUGUGGCAUCUAUUGAACGUUUGACAAAUGAAAUGGGUGGCUCGCGUGACGGUCCUGAGUUGCGGAUCAAACUAGGAAACAUACAGAAGUCAACUGCUGAAUUGGCCAAAGAGACAGCAGAAUGUCUCAAGCAGCUGGGCAGACUGGAUGGAGGCUCUAACGCUGAGACACAGCAACGUAAGUUGCAGCAGAAGAGAUUAAUGGACAGUUUUUCUCAAGUAUUGUCAAAAUUUAAGGCUGUUGAGAAGAGAGUUGCUGAAAAACAGAGAGUUUAUGUGGAGAAAGCAAAACGUACAGCAUCAUUUUCUCAUGAGGAUGAUGAUGGAGGGGAGACAACUGCUUUGAUGAGCAGGGAAAAUGAAAGGGAGAUGUUUCAGAUGCAAGAAGAAGUUGACAUAGAGCUGAUUAGAGAAAGAGAAGAUGCUAUCCUUCAGAUUGAGACGACAAUGGGUGAUGUGAACCAAAUUUUCAAAGAUCUCAGUUUAAUGGUUCAUGAACAAGGUGAUAUGAUAGACAACAUCGAGUGUAAUGUAGAGGAUGCUCACGAUCGUGUGGAGGAGGGUAACAAACAACUUGUACAGGCUCGUAAACACCAGAAAAGCUCAAGGAAGAAAAUGUGCUGUUGCCUGACAAUACUGAUCAUAGGUGCUAUUGUACUCACACUUGUUAUUGUUUUGCCAAUUGUUACUUAAUAACUAGUGAAGCACUUCGUAUGUAAAUAUAAAUAUUACAGUUUGCAUUGCA